AACAGACUCAAGAUAGAAUAAUUAGUUUCUUUAGUAAUAAUCAAUCGACUCCAGUGAGUAUCGAGUCCAACUUGAAACCUGUUACCGGUGAGCUUAAAAAGCGAUUGACUCCAAUGAGUAUCGAGUCCUUUAAAAAAGAAUUAGACUUGAAACUUGAUGCCGUUAUUGCUGAAUUUGAAAAGGGACAUGGAGUAUAUUGUUUCUAUAAUAUUAUUGAUGCACUCACUGAUGUUAAUAAAGCACUCACUGAUGUUAAUAAAGCACUCAUUGAUGCUAGGUUUAAAGAGUUAGAAAAUGAUGAUAGAGAGUAUGAUGAAAGAUUGCGGGAGUAUAAAGAAAGAUUGCAGGAGUAUGAUGAAAGAUUUCGGGACCUAAAAAUAGAGAGUCUGAGGCUUAAGCCUCAAAAAAC